CUAUGGCGGGUGAGCAAGUGUAUGUCGUUGUGGUGAUCGUCUCAUACCUCCGAAAGGAAUGAGCUCUCGUCGUCUGGGAGCUUGACUUGCGAGACGUCGAAGAACUUGAACUGCCACUGGGCCCGGGUCAGCGCUGCCAUGCUAGAAGCUGGCUGGGUGGUUGUUGGAGCUCACCGGAGUCACGGCCAUUUCGUUAUCGUUCCAUCCUCGUGCCCUCUCGCAAGGCAGGAGCUAUCGUGGUUGCGAAGCUGCGGGCAGGCAGGCACCAUGCACAGGCCACGCCUGCCCUCGAUGCGUGAGCCAAUGACGUGGGGUGCCAAGCCGGGGGCUGAGCGCAAGCACGCCCGCGCAGCUCCUUUCUCAGCGCGCAGAGGCAGCUGCCCUUCACUCAUCAACACCCACCCUCUUUCUCGCCGGCCACGUCAAUCGCCGUCUCCCCAGCUCCUCAUCUCCAACGCCGCUCUUACCGGAACGCCACCCAAAGCGCGCUCCUGGCCUCUUCACUUCUCAGCCUACGAGGUUUAUCCCAGACGCGCUUCAUCGCCACCCGUCUCUUCAUCUGCUCCUCGCCUGAGAAGCCCGCGCUAGCCGCCUCUACGCACAUCAGAAAUCGUCGUUCACGACUCCACAUCCUUCACAAUGGCCGACAAGCUCAACUCCUCUCUUGAUGACAUCCUCAAGACCACCCGCGGCAACGCCCGUCGCGGCCGUGGCAACCGCCGCUCUGG